AUGCACGGAACUAGCCCACCCCAGUAUCAGUGGCUACAGGCUCUACGGACCACGUUAGGGCUUCAGACGUCGCACCCUGUGCAGAUCGGUGCCAACAGCCACACCGCGGUGGCAAAGGGACAUGGAAUCACAGAGCAUGGUUAUCUCAAUUCAGCGGUCGUAGAUCAAUCCAGUCGAAGCCCCAACCCAUUGGCGGUAAACAGCGAUGGAGAUUGUGGCCAAGGGCAGGCCUUCGCUCUUCUAAACGAGCACAUGUACGACCCCGUUCUAUCUACAAGGCUGACGCAGAUCAGCGCUUCAGAGUCCAGCAUGCGGGAACAGAAGCAGUGGAAUCAGGAUUUGGGGAGACCGUGGACCCGACUCAAAUGGUCCUCGGUUCCAACGCGCGGCAAGGACACCAGCUCCUGA